ACUUUACUUCUUUGAAUACAACUCGUUGUUGAGGUUUGGCCACACGGGGCUCUGAACACAUAAGUGGGUUCCCAUAGGGGAAGCAUGGAGGGUGGUAAGGUAAGGGCAUCCCCUUACUCUGGUGGGUCGGGGGGCCAGCUGACCCUUAGUCAGGAGAGGGAAGGAUAUUCAGGCAGAGGAGGCGCGGCAGCAAAGGCUGGAGGACAGAGAUGCUGCAGUGUGGGCUACGGCUUUGCCUCUCGGCCAACUGGGCCCCAGGCCUAAGAACUGAAGCGAUGGGGAUGAUCCACACCCAGACCAUGGGAUAUGGAGGGGUCCAUCUAUGGCCGGCGCCGGUCUCUUUCUCUGCGUCCGACGGUGUCCCGAGGGAGAGAGAAGCGUCUGGAGGGAGAGAGAAGCCUCCGAAGGUCUCCCGCCGCGUGUCUUGAGCGGGGUUUCCAGCAGAGGGCGCACAAACGAGGCCGUGCUGAGGCCCGCGAGCUGCCGCUCUAGCCGAAAUCUGGUCACAGAGUCGCACCGCUUCCGUCCGUCGGACAGAGGAACGGUGGAAGGAGCCGGAAGUCCGGUGGGCUCCAGGCGUCGCGAUGGAGGAGAGUGGGUACGAGUCGGUGCUCUGUGUCAAGCCUGACGUCCACGUCUACCGCAUCCCUCCGCGGGCUACCAACCGUGGCUACAGGGCCGCGGAGUGGCAGCUGGACCAGCCAUCAUGGAGUGGCCGGCUGAGGAUCACUGCAAAGGGGCAGAUGGCCUACAUCAAGCUGGAGGACAGGACCUCAGGGGAGCUGUUUGCUCAGGCCCCGGUGGAUCAGUUUCCCGGCACAGCUGUGGAGAGUGUGACGGACUCCAGCAGGUACUUCGUGAUCCGCAUCGAAGAUGGAAAUGGGCGACGGGCGUUUAUUGGAAUUGGCUUCGGGGACCGAGGUGAUGCCUUUGACUUCAAUGUUGCAUUGCAGGACCAUUUCAAGUGGGUGAAACAGCAGUGUGAAUUUGCAAAACAAGCCCAGAACCCAGACCAAGGCCCUAAAUUGGACCUGGGCUUCAAGGAGGGCCAGACCAUCAAGCUUAACAUCGCAAACAUGAAGAAGAAGGAAGGAGCAGCCGGGAAUCCCCGAGCCCGGCCUGCCAGCACAGGAGGGCUGAGCCUGCUUCCCCCUCCCCCAGGGGGCAAAACCUCCACCCUGAUCCCUCCCCCUGGGGAGCAGUUGGCUGUAGGGGGAUCCCUCACCCAGCCAGCAGUUGCUCCCAGUUCAGUAGGAGGUGCUCCUGUACCCUGGCCACAGCCCAAGCCUGCCACCGCUGACAUCUGGGGAGACUUUACCAAAUCUACAGGAUCAACUUCCAGCCAGACCCAGCCCGGCACAGGCUGGGUCCAAUUCUGACCUGAGCACAAUUUUUCCUCAUGUGACUUCUGGGAAGGAGCUCCCUCGUCUGGGCCAAAGGAAGGAGGGAGAAGCACUCCUCAGCUGGCCUGUGUUUGGAGCAUGAAUCUCUCCUCUCCUUGUUUGGCUCUGUUGACAAACUGGGCAUGUUGGGCAGUAAAUUGGCACCAUGUCACGCUGUUUCCUGGGAUUCAAGUAUGCAACCAGAACACAGGAGAAGAAAAGCUCCAGGAUCCUUGUCCCCAUCUGUCCUCUUGACAUGAGAGAGACUCUUGAGACUUCUUCCAUUGCAAUGACCCCUAUUAAACACAAGCCCCCAAAGCAAAAGAAUAGGUUAAGUUUGCUGCCUGGAUUCAGACCAGCCCUUCCCAGGGUCUACAGGUGUCAUGUGAUCACUGUUCAGCGGGAGGCUUUCUGUACCCACACUGGCUGUAGCCACUUCAGUCCAUCUGCCCUCCAGAGGAGGGGUUUCUUCCUGAUGUUUAGCAGGUUUAGAGGCUGCAGCUUGAGCUCACAAUCAGGAGGGAAACUGGAAGGAUUAGCAGCUUUUGAAAAUGUUUAAAUAUUUUGCUUUGCUAAUGUGCUGAUCCGUACUAACUCAUCUUUGCAAAGGGAACUGCUCCUUCAGCGUGCCGCAGCAGGGGCCUCUGAAGGGAUUCCUCACUGUGUGCAGCUGCCCUGAGCUUGAGGCAGCAGUGUUCAUCUCUGGCCAGUUGUCUGGUUCCCAUGUAUUCUCGGCCAGGUAGGCAACACAGAGCCAGGGCGGGUGCUGGAAGCCAGACGGAACAGUGUUGGGGCAGGAAGGUGGAAGCUGUUGUCAUGGGGCUGUGGGAGUCGGCACUCUGUCUGCUGGUGGCGCUCUCGGCUCGCAGGUUCACAGUGCCGCUCCUGGCAGACUUGCGUUUUCUCUUUGGUGGUUUCUAAAGUGCCUUAUCUGCAAACAAUUUCUUUUCUCCUUCAGGAACUGUGAAUGACUAGCAGAAGGAGCUCAGUAAACUAGACGUCCAGGGUUGCUUGGUUUACUGGUUUAUAAGAAAUCUGAAAGCACCUCUGAAAUUCCUUUUAUUAACUCACCUCUCAGUUGAAAGAUUUCAUUUUUGAAGGGUCAAGACCAUGAACUGAAAAAAGUGUUGGCCUUUUUGCGGGACCAGAUUUUUAAGAUAAAAUAAAUGUUUUUACUUCUGUCA